CACAGCAGCGAUUCGUGUGAAUUUUAAAAAUGUUCGGUUCAAUAAUAUGAUUUGUUUUCGUGUCCUAUUAGAGGUUUUCGUGGACACUUGAUUCCAGGAAAAAUUCAUGCUUUAUCUUGCCUUUUUAGAAGAUAUGGUUGAGCUGCAUCUGUAUUUCCUAGUAACUGAGUAAUUAUGUGGCAAUGUAGAUAUCAUGUAUCGUCAAAUCACGAGUUACAGUGUAAUACUGCCUCUUCAGAGAUAUUUCUUCAUUUACACAAGAAAUAUCCCUUUACUGCUUUUAUUUACAGCAGUUUAAUUCAAGCAUUAUGUACGGUGUUUUGUUUUUCUGACAGACAUUGAACGCACCAGGAAAAGGUUCCAGUCUAUGGUCGGGGCGUUAGGAAGCGGUCCAGCUAACUUCACUGCUAGCAAUGCCUGGGAAAUGUAAAUUCCAAGACUCCUGGCUUUCAAAGGGGAUCUACAAGGAAUGGCUGCUAAAGGACGUCCAGGACAUCCACUUUGCUCGAUGUAGGGCCUGUUGUAAAUCCAUCAAACUUCAGACCAUGGGCGAGGCUGCGCUCACCAGCCACGCAGGGGGAGCUGGACACAAAGCUGCGGUCCGGAAGCUGGUGGAAGCAGGCAAUAUGAUAAUGAUCAAUGCUGCUGGGCAGACUAACGGCACAGUGAAGCAGACUGAGGACAGCAAGGAGCAAGUGGCCGUGUGUGUGCAGCGUGACUCCUUGGACAGGCUAACAGGCAGCGACUGGUCAGAUCUGCACCACAGCCCUGCUCCAAACUCCACCUGCCACAAUGCAGAGCUACAAGAUGUGACAUUUCAUGCUGCCUAUUUCACAGCACCAGGCACGUCCAGACUCAUCAGCCAGCGUCUCCACCCACCAGCCAGCGAGACGGAGGAAUCAGGCCACCACCCAGCUCAGCCGGACUCCAUCGACCUCUCCAGACUGGAGUACCAGCAGAGGACGGACGCUCUGGAGCAGCAGCAGCAGAUGAAGAUCCUGGAGUGGGAGAACAGGAUGAAGGUGCUGGCAUGGGAGCAGGAGCUGGUGAGGGAGAAGAGGAAAGCCGCGCGGCAGAAGGAGAAGGCCUUUAGGAUGAAGAAGGCUUACUAUAAAGCCAAGCUGAGGAGGAUGGGCGAGGACGUGCCGCCAUCUUCCUCCAGCAGCAGCGAUGAAGACGAGAAAACGUCAGACCCCACAGGAUGAGCCGUGAAUAGUUUUGUUUUUAUGCUUGUUUUGUCUUUAUGUCAUGAAGUGUCACUAUUUUUAUACAUUGUUUUGUAUUUGAACAGAAAAGAUUCACUGUGUAUUUUAAAUCAGCUGUCUUAAUCAGUCCCUCCAGGAAGUUGUGAUAUUGCGAUCGCAACUAUCAACGCAAAUUCAACCAAUCAGUGCGAUUUCUGUGCAGCCUUGCAAUUUAUAAUAAAUACAAUCACUGCAACUUUCCCACAAAUUUGACCAAUCACCUUAACCUCAGCCCCCGUACUAGGGAUGGGUACGAUUACUCGAGUACUCGAGUGUUCGCUGUUGACCCUAUUAUUCGAAUAGCAUUUUGUUAUUCGCGCACCUGGAAAGAUAAUCAUACAGCGGUACAUGUGUGACCAUGUGCCUUUUGUUUUCGCCUAAAUGAAUAAACGAGGUAGGAAAAUAAUAAACGGGAUAUAAACGUUUGACUUCUCCGGCCACGGCUUCAGCUUUAGAACCAAGCGGCA